AUGCGCGACCGACAUCGCUUGAGCCGGGCCAACCCGGGCGACCUAAGCCACCGCCCUUCGCGGCCCCUCGCGUCGCCCUUCACGGCCCGUCGCCGCCCUCCGCGGCCACUCGCGGCCCCUUCGCGGCCGGUCGCCGCCCUCCGCGGCCACUCGCGGCCCCUUCACGGCCGGUCGCCGCCCUCCGCGGCCCCUCGAGCCGCCCUUCACGGCCCGUCGCCGCCCUCCGCGGCCACUCCCGGCCCCUUCACGGCCGGUCGCCGCCCUCUGCGGCCCCUCGUGCCGCCCUUCACGGCCCGUCCGCCGCCCUUCGCGGCCUCUCUCGGCCCGCCGUCGCCGCCUCUACAGCAGCAGCAGCUGCAGUCGCUACAGCGACCGCGGCCGCAGUCCCAGCAGCAGCAGCAUCCGCCGCCCCUGCAGCAGCACCCGCCGCCACUGCAACCGCGGCCGCCGCCGUCCCUACAGGAGCGGCCGCCGCCGGCCCUGCAGCAGCAACUGCCGCCGCCGCUGCAGCAGCGGCCGCCGCCGUCCUGUGAGCAACAGCCGCCGCUGCCCCUGCAGCAGCCGAGCCGCCCGAGCCGCCGAACCGCCCGAGCCGCCCGCGCCGCCCGAGCCACCGAACCGCCCGAGCCGCCGAGCCGCCCGAGCCGCCCGAGUCGCCCGAGCCGCCGAGCCACCCGAGCCGCCGAGUCGCUGAGCUGCCGACCUGCUGGUGCUGCCGAGCCGCCGAGCCGUCCGAGCCGCCCUGUCCUCUACACUCGGUCCGUCUCGCCUGCCCGUGUCCUCGCUUUUGACGCUGAGGGUCGGGCCAUUGACUUUGACGUCUGGGUAGAUGACCUGCAGCUUUUCCUACAGUGCGAUAGGGCAGACGCUCUCUCCCUCUUUGAUCUCACUUCUGGUGCCUCCCCUGCCCCCGCUGCUGAUGCUGACGCCACUGUUCGCUCACAGUGGGCCACACGCGAUGCUGCUGCACGUCUUGCUGUGCGUCGCCACUUGCCUACCUCUGAGCGUGCGCACUUUAGCCAGUACAAGAGUGCUCACACCUUGUACGACGCUGUAGUUGCGCGCUAUUCCUCCCCUGCCACUGCUGCACUGAGCCGCCUCAUGCUACCGUACCUCUUCCCUGACCUUGCUGCCUUUCCCACAGUCGCUGACCUCAUUACGCACCUCCGCACUAGUGACACUCGCUACCGCGCUGCGCUUCCUGCUGAGUUCUGCGCCAAGAACCCCCCCCCCAUGUACAUCACCCUCUACUACAUAGUCACCCGGCUCCCUGACUCCCUUCGCGUAGCCCUCCUAGCAGCAGAGAAGAGCAUAGUCGUUGUAGGAGCCUCUCGUGGUGACCCUCGCACCCCCGUCUUUGAGGGGUGUUCCCCCUCCCCCCUUUUGCCCUCUGUUGCCUCUGCUGCUGCGGCCGACCUCGUUGGUUUCGAGUCGGUCAGCGCUGCGUCUGCCCCGAGCGGGAAACGCCGCACCGGCAAGGGCAAGGGGGGCAAGGGUGCUGGAGGGGCUGGCGGGGGUGGCGGAGGUGGCGGUGGCGGCAGUGGAGGGGGUGGGGGUGGUGGUGGGAGUGGUGGCGGGGGUGGAGGUGUCGGUGGCGGCAGUGGAGGCGGAGGCGGCGGCGGCGGUGGCGGUGGGAGCGGAGGUGGCGGAGGUGGCGGCGGUGGAGGAGGCGGCGGCGGAGGAGGUGGAGCUGGUCGGGGUGGCGCUGCACAGAGGGUCGGCUCCGGUGGUGGUCAGCGCCAGCAGCAGCAGCAGCAGCGGCAGCAGCGCACUCGUGACAUCCCCCCCCCUCAGCAGCUCCGUGAGUGGGCGGGUGUAGCUGUCUUUGACCUUGACUUUGAUGCUAUUCUUGCUGCCAUGUAUGCUGUGACUAUUAGUGAUGAGGGUGACUGUUACCGGUGUUUUCCGCCCGACCCGGGCAUUGAGACUGCUGCUCUAGGUACUGGUGAGGCUGCUGCUCUAGGUGCUAGUGAGGCUGCUGCUCUAGGUGCUCGUGCGUCUGCUCCCUCAGGUGCUGGUGAGUCUGCUCUCUCAGGUACUGCGUCGGCUUCGGCCUCCCACACCUUCACCCUUGACUCGGGGGCUUCUCGCUCCUUCUUUCGAGACCGCACCACACUCACGCCGCUUGGCCGGCCAGUUGCAGUCUCUCUGGCAGACCCCUCUGGGGGUCCUGUCCUUGCUCACUUCUCCACUGUCCUCCCGUGUCCGGCGGCCCCCUCUGGCACCCUGUCUGGUCUUUACCUCCCCUCGUUCUCUACGAACUUGGUGAGUGGUGCUGACCUACAGGAUGCGGGGGUUCACCAGUUCACUCCUGCGAGUCAGCGGGUGACCCACUGCACGGACGCUCGGACAGGCCGACACCUGGCCACGUUUACACGUCGGCCGGGGUCGAGCCUGUACACACUGACCACUGCGUCUCCUCCAGUCACUGCGUCUGGUCAGGUAGCUGCGUCGGGUCAGGUGUUUGCUGCAGCGUCCAGGUCUGGUCCUGAGUCUGCCCCCUGUUCGUGUCGCCUUCUGUCUCACGAGACUCUCCUCUGGCACCACCGCCUUGGUCACCCCUCCCUGCUUCGUCUCCAAGGCAUGGCCUCCCGUGUCCUUGUCUCUGGUCUUCCCCGGUUCCUCCCUCCCCUUCCUCCGGGGCCUGGCCCUACCUGCGUCCCCUGUGUCGAGGGGCGGCAGCGGGCUGCCCCUCACUCCUCCCAGUUUUCUCCGAUAGAGGCCCCGCUGCAGACGCUUCACAUGGACGUGUGGGGCCCGGCCCGCGUCCUUGGACAGGGUCACGAGCGCUACUUCCUGCUGGUGGUUGACGACUACUCGCGUUACACCACAGUCUUCCCCUUGCGCAGCAAGGGUGAUGUCACUGAGGUGUUGAUCGACUGGAUCCGCCCAGCUCGUCUCCAGCUCAGGCAGAGCUUCGGCUCGGACUUUCCUGUUCUGCGUCUGCACUCUGACAGAGGUGGAGAGUUCUCCUCUGGCCUUCUGCGAGCCUACUGUCGUGCACGAGGCAUCCGCCAGACCUUCACGCUUCCGGACUCUCCACAGCAAAAUGGGAUUGCUGAGCGCCGCAUUGGCAUGGUCAUGGACGUCGCCCGUACGUCCAUGAUGCAUGCGGCUGCCCCCCAUUUUCUGUGGCCGUUUGCGGUUCGGUACGCGGCGCAUCAGAUCAACCUUCACCCCAGGGUCUCCAUGCCGGAGACCUCUCCAGCUUUGCUGUGGACGGGGAAGGUUGGCGAUGCGUCUGCGUUCCGUGUCUGGGGAUCUCGGGCGUUUGUCCGCGACUUGUCUGCGGACAAGCUGUCCCCUCGUGCUGCUCCUUGCGUCUUCCUUGGCUUCCCCCCUGACGCGCCAGGGUGGCAGUUCUACCACCCCACCUCUCGCCGUGGUCUGUCCUCCCAGGACGUCACGUUUGACGAGUCGGUCCCCUACUACCGCCUCUUCCCCUACCGCACUCCGUCCCUCCCCCCGCCACCGCUCUUCCUUGUGCCAGGUCCCCCCCCGGUAGACCCCCUCCCCCCUCAGGGUCCUGCCCCUUCAUGUGUGUCCCAGGUAGACGCAGUCGAGCCUGUCGAGGUUACUGGUGACUCUGGUGCUGCUGAGGGUGCUGAGCCUGGGGGUGCUGACUCUGGGGGUGCUGAGCGUGUGGGUGCUACGCCUGGGGGUGCUGAGCCUGAGGGUGCUACUACUGGGGGUCCUGAGCCUGGGGGUGCUGAGCCUGGGGGUGCUACUACUGGGGGUGCUGAGCCUGGGGGUGCUGAGCCUGGGGGUGCUACGCCUGGGGGUGCUGAGCCUUGGGGUGCUACGCCUCGAGGUGCUGAGCCUGGGGGUGCGGAGCCUGAGGGAGCUGGGCCUGCUCGUGUGGCGUCUGGCGGUGCUGAGCCUGGAGGUUCUCCGGGUGCUUCGUCUCGGCGGGAGCCACUCUAUCCACAGGAGCUGCGCGAGUGGUUUGCCCGGCGCUGGAGGCAUGCUGCUGGAGCUGGAGGUUCUUCGGCUGCUGAGGGUACUGGUGCCGCGGGUCCCGGAGCUGCUCGUACUGGGAGUACUGGAGCUGCUGGGCCUGCGGGUACGACUGGAGCUGGAGCUGCUGAGGGUGUUGGCGCUGAGGCUGCUGCUGUCGGUCCUGGAGGCGGUCCUGCUGGGGGUGCUACUGGUGCUGCUGGAGGUACUGGAGCUGGAGGUGCUGCUGGCGCUGGUGCUGCCGCUGGGGGUACUGGUGCUGUCCCUGCUGUGUCUGGAGUCGCCGCGCGGCCUCGGCCGUACUUCGUUCUACUCCUUCAGCAGGUUCUUGGUCUCCCGCCUUCUACUGGUCCUCCUCCUCCCUUAGAGUGUCCACAGCCUGUCCCGUCACAGUUACAGUUACAGCCGGCCUCCCCACUGCCCGCUCCUUCUCCCUACACUGGUCCUACUGGAGGCCUUGCUGAGCGCCAUGAGCCUGCGUCUCGCCCUGCGUCGCCUGUCCGUGCUGCUCGCACUAGUGGUCGUGGUUCGCGUCAGCGUCCUCCUCCUGUCCCUGGCAUGCACCGGAUGUCUCUGCGUCCGUCCACUGCUCCUCUGCGUGCCCCUUUGCCUUCUCCUCCUGAGUCCUCUCUUCCUGCUCUUCCUGACCCGGAGUCGGACUCUCUUCGUGCUGCCAGUCCUACUGUCACGCGUCUCCUUGCUACUAUUGUCACUGACCCUUCCUUUGAGUCCACUGCUGCGUCUGCACUAGUUACUGAGCUCGUCGACUUUGCUGCUCGCUGUCGUCUAGACUACGCUGCUAGUCUUGUUGCUGAGUCUGAGUCUGUCUGUCCUCCGUCCGUCGGGGGUGAGUGUGCCCUUGGCACGGACGUCCUUGAGGACAGGCAGGAGGAGUUCCAGUGUUUGGCUGCUGCUUCACCUCAUCUCGUGUCCGUACUGCUUACCCCUGAGGGAGACCCGGAUGCACUUGACAUCCCGACUCCGCGCUCUUACGCGGAGGCGAUAGAGGGUCCCUACUCCUCUCAGUGGCAGGCAGCUAUGGACGCAGAGAUGGCUUCCUGGAAGUCCACAGGCACCUACGUUGACGAGGUUCCCCCGCCUGGGGCGAACAUCGUCAGUGGCAUGUGGAUUUUCAGGGUGAAGCGGCCGCCGGGUUCUCCGCCUGUCUUCAAGGCGCGUUACGUGGCUCGUGGCUUCAGUCAGCGGCAGGGAGUUGACUACUUUCAGACCUUCUCUCCCACCCCGAAGAUGACCACUCUUCGGGUACUGCUGCACAUAGCUGCUCACCGCGACUACGAGCUGCACUCUCUUGACUUCAGCACUGCUUUCUUGCAGGGCAGCCUGCACGAGGAGAUCUGGCUGCGUCGCCCACCUGGCUUCACUGGGUCCUUUCCUCCUGGCACCCAGUGGAGCCUCCGGCGGCCAGUCUACGGUCUCCGCCAGGCACCGCGUGAGUGGCACGACACACUGAGGACUACACUUGUGGCUCUUGGGUUUGCUCCCUCUACUGCCGACCCAUCGCUGUUUCUGCGCACCGACACUUCUUUGCCGCCGUUCUACAUCCUCGUGUACGUCGACGACUUGGUCUUCGCCACAGCUGACACUGCUGGACUCGCCCACGUGAAGUCCGAGCUGCAGAAGAGACACACGUGCACAGACCUGGGUGAACUGCGCAGCUACCUUGGCUUGCAGAUCACCCGGGACAGAGCACGCCGCACCAUUACCCUGACUCAGUCACACAUGGUGCAGCAGGUCCUUCAGCGCUUCGGCUUCACGUACUCCUCGCCUCAGGCCACUCCUCUGCCUACUCGCCACUCGCUCUCAGCUCUGCCUUCGGAUGAGUCCGUAGAGUCGAGUGGCCCGUACCCAGAGCUUGUUGGCUGCCUCAUGUACCUGAUGACCUGCACACGACCUGACCUUGCAUACCCUCUUAGCAUUCUUGCACGCUAUGUUGCUCCUGGGAGACACAGACCGGAGCACAUGGCUGCAGCGAAGAGGGUGUUGCGCUACUUGUGCAGUACGUCGGGCAUGGGGCUUGUGCUUGGAGGGCAGAGUCCAGUGGUCCUCACUGGGCACGCAGACGCUUCUUGGGCUGACGACCAGGCUACGCAGCGGUCGUCACAGGGUUACACCUUCAGCCUUGGUUCCGGCUCUGUUUCGUGGCGGGCUACCCGCUCGUCUUCUGUUCUCGGCUCCAGUUGUGAGGCUAAGAUCUACGCCGGUGCCAUGGCUGCACAGGAGCUUCGCUGGCUCACCUACCUGCUGACUGACCUCGGAGAGCCGCCUCGUUCUCCUCCAGUGCUGUACGUAGACAACAAGGCCAUGCUGGCCUUGUGUCGAGAGCAGAGACUGGAGCACAGAACGAAGCACAUUGCUCUCCGCUACUUCCUUGCUCGUGAGCUACAGCAGCGUGGUCAGCUGCGGCUUGCGUACGUGGCCUCUCAGGCCAACACUGCUGAUAUCUUCACCAAGGCACUCCCGCCUUGUGAUCAUCAGCGCUUCUGUACUCAGCUGGGUCUUGUGCCUACCUUGCCUCACUUGCUCACCCCUUGA